AUGAAACGAUCACUAGAUCAAGCAAAUUGCAAGCGUGUAGCCAAAAAGGCGAAAACACUUGAUUCCUGCGGCAGAUCAGUUGAGCUGAUGGAUAUUGAAUCUGGCACCAGUUGGUACAUACAUGUAUAUGGAAACCAAAAAAUGGCCACCAGAACCGUCCUAAAAGCUAUGAGGGGACAGACAAAAAGACAAACCAAACCGUCAGCUCCAAUGAUGGCGCUGCCCAAUUGGAUUAAGAAGCGAGGCGCUUCCUCUCUCGAGAUGGACGAUGAUGUACAUACACAUGCAAAGAAGACCAAAAACAACGAUAUCGGGAACACAAGUAUGGAUGUGGAUCGCGACCUUGUCAGCAUCUUCAUCCGUCUUUCUCUUUAA